CAGUUUAGUUGUUCGUUGCCCUCAAUCGGGGCCGUAUCGGUUUGCAGUCUUACACUGGCGGCUGUUGGCUAUUUUGAUUUUAGUGUAGCAAUAUGAUGGCUCGAAGUAGCUUACUGUUGCUAGCAUUGGUGGCUCUAUCCUGGAGUGCGGGAGGCCAGCAAGCUCCGUACGAGUUAUCCAUAAUUCAUAUCAAUGAUUUCCACGCGCGUUUCGAGGAGGUCGAUACGAAUAGUGUGACAUGUGACUCGUCAACUGGAGCGGUUUGUGUAGGUGGAUAUGCUCGGACAGUGACCGUUGUGAAACAACUGCUUGCAGAACGAACGAAUCCGAUGUACUUCAACGCGGGAGAUAACUUCCAAGGAACGUUGUGGUACAACAUGCACCGGUGGAAUGCGACGGUGGAGUUUUUGAACAUGCUCCCAGCGGAUGCUAUGACGCUUGGUAACCACGAGUUUGAUCACGGAUUGGAUGGUAUAAUACCGUUCAUGGAACGCAUAAAUUCUCCGGUGUUGCUGGCGAAUGUGGAUAAUAGUGACGAGCCUAGAUUUGGAAACUAUAGGAAGUCGAUGGUAGUCGAACGGAAUGGGCGCAAAAUUGGAAUCAUUGGGGUGAUCUUACGCAAUAUGAAUGAGUUGACGGCUGCGGGAAGCACGGGAAAGCUGGUGUUCGAGGAUGAAGUUGAGACCGUGAAAGCAGAAGCGGAAGUUCUGAAGCAGCAAGGAAUUGAUAUUAUUCUAGUGUUGUCUCAUUGUGGCCUUGACACGGAUAGGGAAAUUGCGGCCCAUGCCGGACCUGAGAUUGACAUAAUCAUUGGCGGUCAUUCACACACGUUCUUGUACACAGGCGAGCAUGGCGGAAUACCCGGUCUAGCGGUAGACCAAUAUCCAGUGGUUGUUACGCAGCAAGGUGGUCAUAAAGUGUUGAUUGUGCAAGCGGCAGCCUACACUAAGCUCGUUGGUGAUAUAGUAUUGUUUUUCGACGAAGCGGGUAUUAUUCAACGGUGGGAGGGGAAUCCAAUCUAUUUGAGUACGAGUGUCGUACCUGAUCCCGAAAUCGUUCAGGCGCUCAUCCCCUGGAAACAAGCUAUUGAUGAGGCGGGCGGGCGACGAAUUGGUUCUACCUCAGUAAACCUGCUGAAAUCGAGCUGCGGCUAUGGCGAGUGCAAUCUGGGAAGCUUUGUCGCCGAUUCCAUGGUGGCGGCUUUCAUUCCCCUGGCCGAACCCGGUCACUGGACGUAUGCUGCUAUUGGUGUAAUCGCGGUAGGAGGGCUCCGCGUGAACAUGUUCAAAGGAGACAUCAGCUACAUGAACCUGAUCGAAGUGCUGCCCUUCGAGAACAUGCUAGUAUGUGUCGAACUGCGAGGCGACCGGGUGCUCAGUAUGCUGGAAUACGCCGUGGAGAAAGCUAGGGACGAGGAUAGAUUUAACGCUGCAAAUAUGCUGCAGGUGUCCGGGCUACGUGUGGUAUACAACGUAACCAAUCCCGUCGGGCAACGGGUUCUAGCAGUUGAGGUACUUUGCUACGAUUGCAUGGUUCCUAAAUACGAAUCACUGCAAGCUCUCAAAUACUACCGAGUGGUAACAAACUCGUUCAUAGCCGGCGGGGGUGACGGAUUCACCGUGUUCCCCCAGUACGGCCGGAAUACAUUAAACGGUCCGAUUGACGUUGACGCUUUUGAAAAAUACAUAAAGGAACAUUCUCCGGUGAUGCAGGGAAUCGACGGUAGAAUAAAGGUUCACACGUGAUAGAUGACAAUCGUUGUUGUUUUUAGUGACGUAAAACAAGACAAUCUGACGAAUUUAUUAGAGUGAUAAGGUCAGACGCUCAGUUUUAUAUAGACAGAUACAUACCGUUAUCUCGGGUGAGUGACAGUGUUUAAUUGAUCGUUCCUGAAUUGAACUUGUUUUUUAUAAUAUAAGAUAAAGUAAA